ACCCCCCCGGGCCUCUGCCCCCCGGCCCCCCUCCCUCGCCGGGCUCAGGCCCAGGGGCCCGGGGCUUGGCACCCUCUGGCCAUUGCGGGGGUGGGCAAGGGGGGGAUGGCAGAAGCAGGGGCUACCAGAAGGACCCCCUCGGCAGGGCAGGCUGUGCCCCUCUCCCCCCGCCCCCCGUCCCCUCCCUGAGUGGGCUCUCCGGCCUGCCAGGCGCGCCGCUGCCCACCUCCCCGGCAGAUGCGCGGCCGGAGGAUGCCGCAGAGCCCGCUGCCGGCUGAAGGUGACUCCCUCCUCCGACCGGGCCGGGUCCCGUGAGUGGCCAGCGGGCAGGGCUGUGGACUGGACUCCCCUUCCCCUCCCCCGUGGCCGGGUGCAUGAGUUCGGCGGCCAACGGGCGCAGGAAGCGCCCGGCCCGGUCCUUGCGCGCCUCUCUCUUCCAGCUCAGCAAGCCCCCCCGGCCCGGAGGGGACUGCGACCCGGACAGCGUCCCCCAGACCCAGAGAGCCCUGGACCACUGCAAGAUGCUGGUCCAAGAAUUCAACACCCAAGUGGCUCUGUACCGAGAGCUGGUCAUUUCCAUUGGGGACGUCUCAGUCAACUGUCCAUCUCUUCGGGCUGAGAUGCACAGGACGAGGACCAAAGGUUGUGAGAUGGCCCGCCAGGCCCACCAAAAACUUGCUGCCAUCUCUGGCCCUGAAGACGGUGAAAUCCACCCUGAAAUCUGCCGACUUUACAUCCAGUUGCAGUGUUGCUUAGAAAUGUACACCACGGAGAUGCUCAAGUCCAUAUGUCUGCUAGGAUCUCUUCAGUUUCACCGGAAAGGAAAGGAAGCUGGUGGGCUACUACCCAAGAGCACUGACUGUAAAGCCGAAGAGAGUUCUGAAGUACCUAUAUUAGAAGAUACAUCAUCAUCACCAGUGGAUCUCCAAUAUCAUUCUUGGCAGGUUUCCACAGAUAUUGAAAACACGGAAAGAGAUAUGCGAGAAAUGAAAAACCUUUUAAGCAAACUCAGGGAGACUAUGCCUUUACCAUUGAAAAAUCAAGAUGAUAGCAGCCUCCUGAACCUGACUCCUUAUCCACUAGUCAGAAGACGGAAGAGGAGGUUCUUUGGACUGUGCUGCCUCAUCUCAAGCUAGACAAAUCCAUCCCGGAACAUCAGGAAAAUCGGCACGGCAAAGAAACCUAUGUUGUCUGACUUUAAGAGGGAUAAACCACAAAGCUACUGGUCACUGACUAUGUUUUCUAUGCUUCCCUAUUGCUUUUCUUCCAUCCCCUUUAAAGAGUUUUCCAGUUUAAAGCAGUUGCUGUCAAGUAUCAGAGAGAAAACCGAAUGGAAAUUGAGGGUGUUUUUAAAAAGGAUUUUUUUAAGAUGACAUUGUGCAUGUCUUCUCUCAACCAUACAAUGAUGAGAUGCAAGAAUUAUGAUUUUUAAGUCAUUCUAAGUUUUUUUUAAUGUACUGUACGUACCUCAAAUUAUUUCAUGUAAAAUAUUAUAACUCUAGCUCUGACUAGCCACAUGUUAAUACUUUAUCAUAUAUGAAGACUCUUUAAACAUUGAAAUCUAUUUAAAAAUCACAAAACCGUGUUUGAGCUCUAGUCUAUCAAAUCAUUAGAAACUAUACUGUAAUAGGACAUAAACAAAUUAACUGAUUGCUUUUUCUGCGCUCAUUCAUGUUUAGUCUUCCACUUUGUCAGAAUUUAUCCAAGAGCUUCAGAUUAUAACUGUCUUAAUUUAUAACGCUACAGAAAUAAUGUACGGAGAAUACUCAUUUUUUGUAAAUACACAGUAAUCCAAAUAUCUUCAUACAAUGCAUCUGAGUAGCCCACUUCCUUUCAAUCAAAUGGUGUCCUUUUUCAGCUUCCUGAAGAAUGAAGUGAUUCAGUUAGGAAAUGCCGUAGUGAAUUAUUCAAUUACCCUCAAAUGUAAAGCCAAAUAUUACCACAUUGUUUUGAUUGAAAGUUGAAGCAUGGUGUUUGCACAUCAGCAUAAUAUUAACUCUUAUAGGGCAUGCUGAAGUUAGCUCCAAUUGUAAAAUAUUUAACAUUUUACAUUGUUAAUAAAUUUUUUUUAGUUAAGCUACACCCGUCUCGUUUCAGAUGACUCCGGAGAUCCGACGGUGAUCGCGUGUUCUGGUGUGUGACCACCUAGUCCCUUUGGGUGCUGAAGAGCAGUUUUGCAUUUCUGGCCCAGAUGCAGAGGUCAGAACUCCCUUUCCCUGCCCUUUCUGCUCCUGUCCCUCCUGGAGCUGGGUGUAAAUGCUGCUUGAGGAGAAAAUCGUAACCCUGGCACUGGUGGCAUCCAGAGCAGGCAGCAAAAUGAGAGCAAAGGAACUGCCCACCAGAAGCCUGAUGGCCCAUUCAUGGCCCACAGAACCAGCGAUCCUCAGAGGGCUCUGGCUGGGCCCAUCUCCUAAUGUCAUCUUAAAAAAAUCCUUUUUAAA